UCACCGCCGAGCCGCCUCCCCCUUUCCCGGCCCGGGCCCGCAGUCCCCGCCUCCUCGGCCGCCGCCUCCGCGGGGCGGGGCCCUGGCCCGGGACCAGCUGCGCGGCUAUAAAUGGGCUGCGGCGAGGCCGGCGGGUCGCUGUGACAGCCACACACUCCAAGGCCUCCAAGAUGAGCUACACGUUGGACCCGCUGGGCAACCCGUCCGCCUACCGGCGGAUAACCGAGACCCGCUCCAGCUUCAGCCGGGUCAGCGGCUCCCCGUCCAGCGGCUUCCGCUCGCAGUCGUGGUCCCGCGGCUCGCCCAGCACCGUGUCCUCCUCCUACAAGCGCAGCAGCGCGCUCGCCCCGCGCCUCACCUACAGCUCGGCCAUGCUCAGCUCCGCCGAGAGCAGCCUCGACUUCAGCCAGUCCUCGUCCCUGCUCAACGGCGGCUCCGGCGGCGACUACAAGCUGUCCCGCUCCAACGAGAAGGAACAGCUGCAGGGGCUGAACGACCGCUUCGCCGGCUACAUCGAGAAAGUGCACUUCUUGGAGCAGCAGAACAAGGAGAUAGAGGCAGAAAUCCAGGCGCUGCGGCAGAAGCAGGCCUCGCACGCCCAGCUGGGCGACGCGUACGACCAGGAGAUCCGCGAGCUGCGCGCCGCCCUCGAGCUGGUGAACCACGAGAAGGCUCAGGUGCAGCUGGACUCCGACCACCUGGAAGAAGACAUCCACCGGCUCAAGGAGCGCUUCGAGGAGGAGGCCCGGCUGCGCGACGACACGGAGGCUGCCAUCCGUGCUCUGCGCAAAGACAUCGAAGAGUCAUCGCUGGUCAAGGUGGAGCUGGACAAGAAGGUGCAGUCGCUGCAGGAUGAGGUGGCCUUCCUGCGGAGCAACCACGAGGAGGAGGUGGCGGACCUGCUGGCCCAGAUCCAGGCGUCGCACAUCACGGUGGAACGCAAAGACUACCUGAAGACCGAUAUCUCGACGGCGCUGAAGGAGAUCCGCUCGCAACUCGAGUGUCACUCGGAUCAGAACAUGCACCAGGCCGAAGAAUGGUUCAAAUGCCGCUACGCCAAGCUCACCGAAGCGGCCGAGCAGAACAAGGAGGCCAUCCGCUCGGCCAAGGAAGAGAUCGCCGAGUACCGGCGCCAGCUGCAGUCCAAGAGCAUCGAGCUCGAGUCGGUGCGCGGCACCAAGGAGUCCCUGGAGCGGCAGCUCAGCGACAUCGAGGAGCGCCACAACCACGACCUCAGCAGCUACCAGGACACCAUCCAGCAGUUGGAAAAUGAGCUCCGGGGAACCAAGUGGGAGAUGGCGCGUCACUUGCGAGAGUACCAGGACCUCCUCAACGUCAAGAUGGCUCUGGAUAUCGAGAUCGCUGCGUACAGGAAACUCCUGGAGGGCGAAGAGACCAGGUUUAGCACAUUUUCAGGAAGCAUCACUGGGCCUAUAUACACACACCGACAGCCCUCAAUCACAAUAUCCAGUAAGAUUCAGAAAACCAAGGUGGAGGCCCCCAAGCUAAAGGUGCAACACAAAUUUGUUGAAGAGAUCAUAGAAGAAACCAAAGUGGAGGAUGAAAAGUCAGAAAUGGAAGAUGCCCUGACAGCCAUUGCAGAGGAGUUGGCAGUUUCCACAAAAGAAGAAGAGAAGGAAGAAGAGGCAGAAGAAAAGGAAGAGGAACAAGAAGCUGAAGAAGUGGUGGCUACCAAAAAGUCCCCGGUGAAAGCUACCGCACCUGAAAUUAAAGGAGAGGAAGAAGAGGAAAAGGAAGAAGAGGAGGAGGAGGAAGACGAGGGUGCUAAGUCUGACCAAGCUGAAGAGGGAGGAUCUGAGAAGGAAGGCUCAAGUGAAAAGGAUGAGGGUGAGCAGGAAGAGGAAGGAGAAACAGAAGCAGAAGGGGAGGGAGAGGAAGUGGAAGCUAAAGAGGAGAAAAAAGCCGAGGAGAAGAGUGAAGAGGUGGCUUCCAAAGAGGAGCUGGUGGCAGAGGCCAAGGCAGCAAAGCCAGAGAAAGCAAAGUCCCCUGCACCAAAGUCGCCCGUGGAAGAGGUGAAGCCGAAAGCAGAAGCUGCAGCAGGGAAAGGAGAGCAGAAAGAGAAAGUGGAGGAAGAAAAGAAAGAAGUCGCCAAGGAAGCUCCCAAAGAAGGGAAGGUGGAAAAGAAGGAGGAGAAGCCAAAAGAUGUGCCAGAGAAGAAGAAAGCUGAAUCCCCAGUGAAGGAGAAAGCUGUGGAGGAUGUCACCCCCAAGCCAGUAAAGGUGAGCGUGGAGAAGGAGGCCAAAGAAGAGGAGAAGCCUCAGCAGCUGGAGAAGGAAAAGGAAAAGGAGAAGCCAGGAGAGGAGGGAGGGAGGGAGGAGGAAGGGAGUGGCCAGGACUCCAAGGAAUCCAGGAAGGAAGACAUAGCUGUGAAUGGGGAGGUAGAAGGAAAAGAGGAGGAGGAGCAGGGAACUAAGGAAAUGGGCAGUGGGAGAGAAGAGGAGAAAGGCGUGGUCACUAAUGGGUUAGACCUGAGCCCAGCAGAUGAGAGGAAGGGGGGUGACCAAAGCGAUGGGAAGGUGGUGGUGACCAAAACAGUAGAAAAGAUCACCAGUGAGGGAGGAGAUGGUGCUACCAAAUACAUCACAAAAUCUGUAACCGUCACUCAAAAGGUCGAAGAGCAUGAAGAGACCUUUGAGGAGAAGCUAGUGUCGACUAAAAAAGUAGAAAAACUCACUUCACACGCUAUAGUAAAGGAAGUCACCCAGAGUGACUAAGAAUGGAGUCCAUUGCAAAAAGGUUAAGCCAUAUGACAAUUUCAAAAUGCAUGUGAUUGACAGCUUCAACACAGAAUGGGUUCUCCCAUGGGGGCUCCGGACAUUGUAUUUUACUUUGCGCAAUACAAGGGAACUGCAUGCGAGCUCAGGGUGCCCCCGCCUCAGUCUUUGGGGGAUUCAAGUGCAUGAUACUGUAUCUGGGGAAUUUGCCGAUUUCCUAAGCUGUUGGAAGGGGGGCACUAAGGGGGGGAUAUCUUGGGAUGUAUUAUGCAAAGUACCAACUGAGCCAAAAAUAAUAAAUGAAACACAGAACUCUUAGCCUUAAGAAAGCUAUAUAUGAAUAAUUAUGAUUACCUCACUGGUGCAUUUAAAAGGGACUUUUGCUCAUGGGAGAACCUCGCUGACAUGCACAGUUUGCAAACUUAUGUCGAUAGUUGUUAAACGUCACCACAGUAUUUGCUCAAUAAAGGUCAUAUAUUGGAAACAU